UCGGUUUUAGACUUUUACAUUUCAGUGAGUAGAGAACACGCACAAUUUUGGCCGUUUCUUUAAUUUUAAUUUUUAUUUUUCUUGUAAUAUCGGUAUGAAAUAGGCUCUUAAUACGGACGUGAAGUGAAUAAUUAUUGAAUAAAUUCAAUAGAAUUAUAUCUUGCUAUUCACUCUCAUACACACAAUUAAAGAUAAAGUGAUUUCUAUAAAUACUGGUGCAUUUAUUCAUAAAGAAAAAGCAGAAACAUGAACCUACGUUUAGGAUUUCUAGUGAUUUUAUUAUGGCAAUGUAGAGCAAUUGCGUGUAAUAGUAAUAAAGUGCGAAACUUACCGGGAGGGUUAAUCCUCGGCUCAGCAACAUCAUCGUACCAAGUGGAAGGCGCAUGGAAUGCCGAUGGGAAAUCAGUAAAUAUUUACGAUCAUAUUACUCACACCAAUUCAUGUUAUUCACAAGAUUGUUCCAAUGGAGAUGUGGCAUGCAACUCAUACUACAAGUACAAACGAGACGUAGAAAUGUUGCGAGAACUUGGAUUUGAGUUUUAUAGAUUUUCACUUUCCUGGACUAGAAUACUUCCAACAAGCUUUCCGGAUAAAAUUAAUAAAGCAGGCGUCCAAUAUUACAAUAACUUAAUUGAUGAAUUGCUCAAACAUGGUAUCGAACCAGUGGUCACAAUCUUUCAUUGGGAUUUACCGCAAAAACUGCAAGAUAUGGGAGGAUGGACAAAUCCUUACAUUGUAGAUUGGUUUGGAGAUUACGCACGUGUUGUUUUCGAUCUGUUUGGUGACAGAGUAAAAUACUGGGUGACUAUUAAUGAGCCACAUCAAAUUUGUUAUUGGGGAUAUGGAAAUACUCUACUUGCGCCAGCCUUAAAUAUAAAAGGUGUUGCAGAAUACUUGUGCAGCAAGAAUUUACUUCUAGCUCAUGCUAGAGCAUAUCAUAUUUAUGACAAAGUCUACCGACGGCUCUACAAUGGUUCCAUUUUUAUAACCAUUAACGCUGAAUGGUACGAACCAGUGAACAAACACAACAAACAAUCAGCAUAUGAUUCUAAUCAGUUUGUGUGGGGACAAUAUGCACACCCUAUAUUUUCCGCCCUCGGUGACUACCCAGCGGUUAUGAAAGAAAGAAUAGCAAAAAAAAGUAGGGAACAGGGAUUUUUUAGAUCUAGAUUGCCAAGUUUUACCCCAGAAGAAAUUUUAUACAUCCGUGGGACCUCAGAUAUGUUUGGACUCAAUCAUUAUUCAUCACAUUACACUUACAGAAAUGGUUCUGAAGUGAAUUAUUUUGAGAGCCCAUCCUUUGAAGACGAUCUCGGUGUUAGAAGUUUUCAACCAUCUGAAUGGCAAAUUGGAAAAGCAAACAUAACAAUGUUCGCACCGUGGGGUUUCUACAAUCUUUUGACCGAAAUCAGAAAGGCCUACCAUAACAUUCCUGUAUUUAUAACUGAGAACGGUAUUGGCAAUUAUCGUGACAUGAACGACGACGAUCGAGUCACCUACUAUCGUAACUAUCUAUAUGCUGUGUUAGACGCUAUCGAAGAUGGGUCAAACAUUGUAGGUUAUACAGUUUGGAGUCUUAUGGACAACUUCGAGUGGUUCCGAGGCUAUACUGUACGUUUCGGAUUAUAUCAAGUGGAUUUCAAAGAUCCAGAUCGCACGCGCACUCCACGUAAAUCUGCAUACGUCUUCAAGGAAAUUAUGCGCACACGCAGCAUUAACAUGAGCUAUGAACCUGAUGUAUCCAUACCUUUGACCAUUGACGAAGGAUACUACUACAGGAGUUAUGUAAGUUAUCUAGAAAGCAAUAAUUUCAUUUACCUAUAUAAAAUAAGAUGUAAAUGCUAUAUCUACAAAUUUGCCCUUAGAUUGCUCCUGAUUUUCGUAGCAGCUAAUGCGAAUAAAGGUCGUCAUGAAGUAAGGAAAUUCCCUGAAGAAUUUUUAUUCGGUACAGCGACUGCUUCUUAUCAAGUUGAAGGGGCGUGGAACGAAGAUGGUAAAGCUGAAAAUAUUUGGGAUCGCCUGACACAUACAAAACCAUGUACAGUAAGAGAUUGUGACACCGGUGAUAUCGCAGACAAUUCAUAUCAUAUGUAUGAGAGAGAUGUUGAGAUGAUGAGAGAACUCGGUCUAGACUUUUACAGAUUCUCAAUUUCUUGGUCUAGAUUGCUUCCUACAAGUUUCCCGGAUCAAAUUAAUGAGGCUGGAGUAAAUUAUUACAAUAAUUUAAUUAAUGGGAUGCUUAAGUACAAUAUUCAACCGAUGAUUUCUAUAUACCAUUGGGAUCUCCCUCAGAAAUUGCAAGAUUUGGGUGGAUGGACGAAUCCACACAUGGUUGAUUGGUUUGCAGAUUACUCGAGAGUGGCAUUUGAAUUAUUUGGAGAUCGUGUCAAAACAUGGUUCACUAUUAAUGAACCGAGAGAAGUUUGUUACCAAGGAUAUGCAGGUCAAUCGUUAGCUCCGUUAUAUAAUAUAUCUGGUUAUGCCGAAUAUUUAUGUGCCAAAAAUUUGUUGGUUGCUCACGCUAAAGUUUAUCAUAUGUAUCAUAAUGAAUUUAAACCAAAACAAGGUGGAUCUAUUGGAAUAGUUCUAAGUACAUCUUGGUAUGAGCCGGAAACAGAAAAUGAUGUUGAAGCCGCAGAAGAAAUGAUACAAUUUGAGUGGGGUCAAUAUGCACAUCCCAUUUUUUCGGAAUCCGGUGACUUUCCACCCGUAAUGAAGGAGAAGAUAGCUGCAAAAAGUGCAGCUCAAGGCUUUUUGAGGUCUAGGUUACCAGAAUUUACUGCUGAAGAAAUAGAUAUGAUUAAGGGCAGUUCUGACUUUUUGGGUAUCAAUCAUUAUACAACAAAAUUAGUUUAUAGAAAUGAAACUGUUGAAGGAUACUUCGAAUCGCCUUCAUAUUAUGAUGACAUCGGAGCUAUUUCGUAUCAACCAAAUUAUUUUGAAGACGAAAUAGGAUCCUCAUGGUUAAAGGUAGUGCCAUGGGGCUUCCAUAAGCUGCUUACAAAAAUUAGAAAAGACUAUGGAAAUCCUAUCGUAUACAUUACUGAAAAUGGUUGUUUAGGUAGAGAAGGCCUGGAAGAUAACCAUAGGGUCAGAUAUUAUAAAUUGUAUUUGAACGCGAUGUUGGAUGCAAUGGCCGAAGGGUCAAAUGUCCAAGUUUACACUGCAUGGAGUCUUAUGGAUAAUUUUGAAUGGAUGCAAGGAUACUACGAUCGAUUUGGUCUGUAUGAAGUUGACUACACGAGCCCGGAGCGCACGCGCACAGCCCGCAAGUCAGCCUACUUGUAUAAGGAGAUAUUGAGAACAAGAGCUUUAGACAUGCACUACGAACCUGACAUUUCAGCUCCUAUCACUAUUGACGAGGGUCACUAA